AAUGCAAAAAGCAUGUUGUCCGGUGGGAGUUUGGCUGCACUGUUGUGUUGUUUAUUUUUCUGUGGCUGGCACUACGUUUGGUUUCUGGCUUCCAUGUGGGACAAAAGCACUUUUAAUGCGAAUUUUAUAACGACGCUUUAUCAUUAACCGGGCGUGCAUGUGUGUUUUUCAUUAAGACAUGGCCGUCGUUAUCUCCCCCCCGGUGGAAAUGCAUUAGUCGUGUAAGCGGAGUGUCUUCUGUGUAUUGUCGGCUCAGGCCAGUCGUAGGUUAUGCAAUGGCGAGCCUCCGUCAGCGAAGCGCUGCUCUUGUUGCUGGGGGUUCUAGUAGAUUCUGCUACCAGAUCGACAGAGUCGCUGAGCAUCUCGGAGUGACUCUUUUCAAAUUCAUGGCGGGAACACUCACUACACUGCUCGGUUUUCUCCGUACACAGGCAAUCCCAUUUAUUACCAAUGAAUGGAUGUGUCGGGAGGAGGCGGAGUCCGCCCCCUCCUCCACCGGAGUUUUACAGUAGGCAGAGCACUUGCAGGAGGUGGGAGAGCACGAUCACAUGACACCAGAUAAACUACGUGCAUGUCAAAGGACACUUUUCCCCCUUGUUUUAUCAUUCUCGUGCCAACAAACGUGGGAUUCAUUUGGAUUUGUUGCUAGGCAACAUGUGAUAACCCUGACUGACAUGACUGUAACCGUGCAGACUGCCGAGUGCCUCUCACUCAGCUUUGAUGAGACAGACUCUCAAGGUGACAUUCCCAAGAGGAGAUCUCUCAGGUUGAAAGAUGGUUUGUCUCCACAGAAACCUCCAACUAAGGCAGAAGCCAAACCCAAGCCAAAGAAGGCACCUGCAAAGCCUAAGAAAGCCAAGGAGGUGGAGAAGGCCAAGCCUGAAGAGAAAGCACCAGAGGCCCCUGCUGAGAAUGGCGAAGCCAAAGCUGAGGAAGAGGCACCAGCUACAGACGCAGCUGAAGAAAAAGACGAGGCGGCAGAAUAACAUCUCUCCAACGACGUCUUUUACCAGUGCUCCCUGUACCUCUUUUCUUGUACAAUUCAGGGGAAUAUUUUUAUCAACUAUUUUCUAAAUACAGGUUUUUUAGUAGUUUGAUUGUAGAGAACACUUUUUUUUAAUGAAAGAAAAAAGUCAAUUUGGAGACGGGAAUUUCAUCACAUCCCACAAUUUUGCAUCGCCAUGAAAAAAAAUGCGGUCAUCGUUGUUACUGUCGGUGGAUUUCAAUUUCAGUUUUAAAUGUAAAGAAGGGGAGGGUGUGGGGCAGGUUACUGUGUCAACACGCAAGCACGACGUUCACAGGAGCUGGGGCAACAACCGGAAGAGCUUGCCUGCGUGGAUUACAUUCCAUAUGCUUUAUAAGGGACAGUGUAUGUAAUCUGUGCUGGGGUGGGAAUGGACAAAGUCACAGGGCAACUCAUUGUUUUAUUGUUUAUAAUGACGAACAGUGUUUUAGAAUGUUUGUAAGCUUUGUUCCUAUAUGUUAACUCUUGUACUCAUGCAGUUUUCUUAACCAAUCUUAUCAAUAAAGCUAAAAUUCCUCGUACUGGAGCUCUCCCUAUCACAACUGUGCAUCGCGUGUGUUGGUUGUAUCUCUGUUUCUGUGAUAGCAUCGCAAUAAAUUUGUAUAGCUGCUGUGAAAAAGGUUUUCGAUCUUUCUAUACGCAGUGUGUAAUGGUACAUUGUAAGGAUGGUAAAAAUGGAAUUUGUUUUCUUAGCCGAGCUAAUGAGGUGUGUAACCAUUGAAAAAACAAACUGUUGAGACGGGCUUCUUAAAGGCCAACAGACAAACUGUACAUUUAUUUGAGAUGUCAAAUGCAUACCAGCAGUAGCAAUAUUCCUGUGAGUUUUAGAUAUCUGUAUCAAGUACAAGUGUGCAGUUUUUCUUUUCAUUUGUUUAUAGAUGUACCUGUGUAAUGAUUGUUCUCAACAAACCAAUAAAACUUGGUUGGUAGUUGUUA